GACUCGCAAGGCAGGCUGGGAAACGAAGCCUGCGCGUGUGUGUUGAUGGGGGUGCACAGAAAUUGACGUGGUGUUUGUAGGAGGGUUCGUGUCAGUGGAAAUCUCUGUAAAACUGGUAUUAAGAGAAAGAGGUACUGGCGGUACAAAAAAGGUCCGAAAUAUCUAGAUCAAACACCAUCUAAACAUCUGAUGGGGAUUGCGUUAGUGACAGAUGAGACUUCAGUGGCCUGGAUGUAUUAUUAAGUGUAAAUAAAAUAUACUGAAUUUGACAAACUAGCGAACAUAAACCCAUAAAAAUAAAGGAAUAUUUUCAUUUCAUUUCGGACGGCUGAAUUCUGUUCAACCAUGCAUGGAAGUUCUCGGUCAGUGGGUAAAGUAGAGCAAAGUAACCAGAGCCCUGGACGCUCACCGAGGUUGCCACGAUCACCACGUUUGGGUCACCGUCGAACAAACAGCACUGGGGGCGGUUCUAGUACCAGCAUUGGUGGUGGUAGUGGGAAAACCCUGUCUAUGGAGAACAUACAGUCGUUGAAUGCUGCAUAUGCUACGUCUGGCCCUAUGUACCUAAGUGACCAUGACCAUGUUGGUACAGAUUCCUCUAAAGCAACAAUGACAUUGGGUAGAGCUUCUGGACGUUCACCUUUUGGUGUUAGGAUGACCACCAUGGGAAGUAGCCCUAACAUUGCCACUACUAGUGUGGCCAGUGAUAGUAUAGCUUUUGGAGAACAGCUUUUGCCAACAGUAAGCCUGGCAUCUACUGUACCACACUCAUUGCGGCAAGCUAGGGAUAAUACCAUUAUGGAUUUGCAGUCACAGUUGAAGGAGGUCCUUCGUGAGAACGAUGUGCUUCGCAAAGAGGUUGAUGUAAAAGAAAGUAAGCUCAGCUCCUCAAUGAACAGCAUCAAAACUUUCUGGAGUCCGGAGCUGAAGAAGGAACGAGCACUCCGGAAAGAUGAGGUGGCUAAGAUGACUAUUUGGAAGGAACAGUUUCGGGUUGUCCAGGAUGAAAAUCAGCACCUUCAAAUGACAAUUCAGGCUUUGCAGGAUGAGCUCCGAAUUCAGCGAGAUUUGAACCAACUCUUUCAGCAGGACAAUAGCAGCAGAACAAGUGAGCCAUUUAUUGCUGAGCUGACAGAGGAAAAUUUCCACCACCUUCACACUGAACAUGAACGUCAGGCCAAAGAACUAUUCCUAUUGCGCAAGACUCUGGAGGAGAUGGAGCUGCGUAUUGAGACACAGAAACAAACACUCAGUGCCCGUGAUGAAUCUAUCAAGAAACUGCUGGAGAUGCUUCAGAGCAAAGGACUGUCCUCAAAGGUAAUGGAAGAAGACCAUGAGCGAAUACGCCGACUAGCUGAAGCAGAAAUGCUUGUGAACCAGUUAGAAAACAUAGUUGAACAAAAAGAAAAAGAAAAUAAUCAGCUGAGAGAGGAUAUUCAGCGGAGAAUUGAAGUGGCUCCAGAAUCAGCUAAGACAAAAGCACUGCAAACUGUUAUUGAAAUGAAGGAUAGUAAAAUCACAUCACUGGAGCGGAACAUUCGAGACCUUGAGGAUGAAAUACAGAUGCUUAAGUCAAAUGGAGCUCUGAGCAUUGAGGAGAGAGAGGAAGAGUUGAAACAGAUGGAAGUUUACAGGAGCCAUUCCAAGUUUAUGAAGAAUAAGGUAGAACAACUGAAAGAAGAGUUAAAUUCCAAAGAAUUCCAGGCUGAAGAGCUAAGAAAGAAAGUGACUGUUCUCCAGUUCGAGGUCUCUGCUAUUGAUCAAGUGAAACAGGAGCUUUCCAGAAAGGAAACGGACCUCCUUGCCUUGCAGACAAAACUUGAAAUGCUGACAAACCAAUUUUCAGAUAGCCAACAACAUGUGGAAGUGCUCAAAGAGUCGCUUACAGCAAAGGAACAGAGAGCUGCCAUUCUGCAGACAGAGGUCGAUGCACUGCGUCUGCGGCUGGAAGAGAAGGAGAGUACAUUAAAUAAAAAGUCAAAACAGAUGCAGGAAAUGGCUGAAGAGAAAGGAAUUUUAGCUGGAGAGAUCCGUGAUCUGAAGGACAUGAUGGAAGUCAAAGAGCGAAAAGUCAAUGUCUUACAAAAGAAAAUUGAGAACCUGCAGGAACAACUAAAGGAUAAAGAGAAGCAGAUGACCAGUCUGAAAGAACGUGUAAAAUCACUGCAGGCCGACACCACCAAUACAGAUACUGCCCUGACUACGCUAGAGGAGGCUCUUGCAGAGAAAGAGAAGAUAAUUGAGCAGCUUAAAGAUCAAAGAGAAAAAGAUGAACGAGAAAAGCAGGAAGAAAUUGAUAGUUACAAAGAGGAGUUAAAAGAAGUUAAGGAACGGAUCAGUGGUCUCCAAGGCGAUGUCUCAGAGAAGGAGGCUGUGCUACUGGACCUCAAAGAACAUGCCUCAUCUUUGGCAUCAUCUGGACUGAAGAAGGAUUCCAAGUUGAAAGCACUGGAGAUAGCUCUUGAACAGAAGAAGGAGGAAUGUUCUAAACUAGAAGUGCAACUACGGAAGUCUUUCGAAGCUACAACAGAAGCACGAGCCAGUACAAACCUCAAUGAACGCAUCGAACAACUGGAGAAGGUGGUGGCACAGUAUAAGGAUGAAGCUAACAAAGCUCAAGCAGAAGUGGACAGACUGCUUGAAAUCUUAAAGGAAAUGGAAAGCGAAAAGAACGAUAAAGAUAAAAGGAUAGCAGAAUUGGAGAAACAGAUGAAGGAACAAAGUAAGAAGUUGGCCAACCUGAAACACAAAGAACAGGUGGAGAAGAAAAGAAAUGCCCAGUUGCUGGAGGAGGCACGCCGAAGAGAGGACAAUUUAGCUGAUGACUCCCAUCAGCUCCAGGAUUCUUUACGACAAAAAGAUGACCGGAUUGAGGAAUUAGAAGAGGCUUUAAGGGAGAGUGUACAGAUAACAGCAGAACGUGAAAUGGUAUUAGCACAAGAAGAAGCUGCCAGAAACAAUUCUGAGAAACAGGUGCAAGAGUUAAUGGCAGCUAUGGAGAAAGUGAAACUAGAAUUGGAGCUGAUGAAUGCCAAGCUAUCCUCUACCCAGCAGUCCCUGGCAGAAAAGGAAGCCCACCUCAGUAACCUGCGUGCUGAGAGGAGGAAACACCUAGAGGAAGUGCUUGAAAUGAAGCAAGAAGCACUGCUGGCAGCCAUCAGUGAAAAAGAUGCUAACAUUGCUCUACUGGAACUCUCUUCAUCCAAGAAGAAGAAGACACAGGAGGAGGUAGCAUCACUAAAGAGGGAGAAAGAUAGAUUGGUACAGCAACUCAAACAGCAGACUCAGAACAGAAUGAAAUUAAUGGCAGAUAAUUAUGAGGAGGACCACCUGAAAUCCUCAGCGCAUUCAGACCCGAUGAACCAUAAACUCUCCCCGGAACAGAUCAUCCAGUCACUAUUAGAACUGAACCAGAACCGCAGUAAACUGAAGCUGUACAUAAGACACCUCACAUCUCUGUGUCAGGACCGUGACUCUCAGAUUCUUCAAGGAUUGACACCACCCCCAGCGUAUGGAAUUGACAACAACAGGGCGAUGUGGGAGGAAGAGUUGCAGAAGAUGAGCUCAGAGCAGUUAAAUGCUGAGCUGGAACAGUGUGAAAAAGAAAGUUCAGAACUUCAAGACUAUGCCAACACCAUCUUACAGCAGAUUGCGGACCACUGCCCUGACAUCCUUGAACUGGUAGUCAACGCCUUAGAAGAAUCUUCGUGAGACUCUGUGCCUGGACAUCAGAGCUGAGCUAAGAAAUGAGCAAUGUUGCUGCAGUUUUUAAAAAAAAAAAAUGUUUUUUUCUUUCUUUACAAUAUAUUAGUUACGUGACAUUGACAACACUCACUGCAGUAAACUGUCUAUGCAAACUUUGGUUUAAAAAAAAAGGAUACUGCACCAAGUUUCAGUUUUCUCUGUUGAACCCUAUAGAUCCUAAAAUGAUCAAAAGCCCCCAAAGUUGCAAAUCCAAAAGGAGUUAUGAGUAUAUUGGAAUAUUUUAACUCUGAGAAUCUCUUGUGCAUCAUAUUAUUGCUACUGAUUUUUUUUUAUCUGGCACACAAACUAGAACAUCCCCAGUUGUUCUCAAAUUGGUCAAACAGUACAUAUUAAAUCUUCCUUGAAGGUCGUCCAGUCCCAUUUCAAAUCUUGUUGUGCGUAGAUGAUACAGUCAUACAAUAUUUCAUACCUGUUUGAACCUUCAAGCAGCCAUUUUUUUAAAGCUGCAGAGGAAUAAACAGAAAAUCUCAUUAAAACAACAAUAAUGGACUCAUCUUGUUGUAUGUCAGGGAAAUUGAGGAUUGUGAGCUAGUCAAAGAAUGGACCUAUGGUUUCAUCUUUCAAAUCAAAAUACAAAUUCUCAGUUAAGGGAUUGGAACUAACCUUUUCAAGCUUCAAAUUAUCAUGCCAGUCCUAAAUUCCUCACUAAGUUGUUGUCCAUGAUGACUUUUUACCAGAGGACCUAGACAUUUAAAUGAUAUUUGUGAACAUUUUCUGGGAUCUAAAGGGUUGAAGCUAUGCACAAACCUCCUCUCACAGGUGAAGACUAUCUAUAUACCUGUAAGAAUUCUGUAUGAUUUUGAUAUUGCUUACAUGAUACAUAACUUCAGAAAUUAAUCACUGUAAAUUUAUCAACAGACACUACAAGUUUGCUUUCUUAGAGUGGAACCUCCAUUGUCUACCUAAUAUGGGAUAAUAGAAA